AUGGUGGCUCAGUGUCCCACACGUUCCGUUCGAAGAGUCGACUCUGUCCACCUCUUGAGCCAUCGAAAGAGCCUGCAGGCUAAACUGCAAACCACUCCCACUCGUACCAGCCCUUAUCAUCGAAGCGGCUCCUACAAAGCCGGUCCUCCUUCUUCGCGCUCUGCUUCGAGUGUAGGCGGUUCUCCCCGCCCUUUCUUUAAUUCGGACGACAACCUCUCCAGCUCGGGCGAGGACAACGACGAUCUUGGUUCCAAACACAUUCCCGGUAUCAAACUACCCGUACCUACCCUGGCCAUGUCAUCUCGCAAGACAUCAAGAACCCAAUUGGGCAAAAAACCUAUCAAGGUUUAUUCCACCAAAAAGGAGCGAAUUCGUGGAGAGCGAAAGGCAAGCGUUCGUAAGGAACGCUUCGAAGAGCUCGACACCGACUCUGAUCUGACAGACGUACCUUCGGACGACAACGCCGAUCAGGACGACCAACUCGCUGGCCCUUCUUACUCUGGGCGCGACAAGGGCAAGGCCAAAAGUAUCGACAACGACAGCGAUGACCUGGCGUCUGAUUCGGAUACCGAGAUGGAGCGCAAACUCGCCGAGGCUGGCGAUGGCGAGUCCCUCCUUGGUAGUGGCGCAUCCGGCGACGACACCGAAGAAGAGGAAGAGCGCUUCAUCAUCCAAGAUGCUCUCGACAGGCAGUCGAAAGCAAAAGCGCGUCUUGAGCAUCGCGAUCCAUCCGAUCGCCGUCGCCAUGCCAGCGAGCGCAAUUCAGCAAGCAAAAGUGAUCUGCAACAUCGAGCCCGCUCCAUCGCAAUACGUCGUGGCUCCCUUUACGAUGGUGAAAGUGCUUCUGGCGAAGAGGCGGAGGCGGACGUCGAGGAUGAAGACGACCCUGACGACAACAAUGACGAUGACGAUGACGACGGUGCGGAUGCGGAUGCUGAUGCUGAUGCUGAUGCCGAUCUCCUCUCCAUGUCCCCUGACACUCUUCGCAUGUACGGCUUGCCCCUUAUCGACGAGGAUGAGCUCUUUGAGGAGCAAGAGGCUUUCAACUCGUCCUCUGAGCCCUCUUUCACCGACUUCUUCGAAACAUCCACGGACAGCGAUAUGGGUGUUGCAGAUACACAAAAUGAGAAUGGGGACGACGAUGACGAGUUCACGACUGAUUCAGACGAGGACCACGACAUCAGCGACCUCGAGGGCGGCUUACUCGAUGCCCCCUUGAUUGCACAUAUCGGCACCGCACCCUCGGACGUAGAUGCCAACGCAGCUGCUGCUGGCGAUGCCGCGGAUGGCACUCCCCAGGCCAAGCCGGAGAUGCCUCUACUCGUCAUCGAGGAUCUAGACGGUCGACUCAUCUAUGCACGUGCUGGCGACGGUGAAGCUGUCUUUGGCUCUGACGGCGAGUUCGAGUUCGUUGACGACAGCGACGACGACAGUGCCGACUGGGAGUUUGAUCGAGGCGGCAACAGGCUUUGGUCCGGUUCUGGCGCUCCCGACGGCUUGCUUCGAGCCCCCGAAGACGAGGGCGACACCACAGAUGAGCUGCCGGACGAAGAUAUGCCUUACCCGCGUCUCCUGGUUGGCUCUGUGGCCCCUCGUGGUGGUCGCAACGCAAGACGCGCAAGAGCCAUGGCCACUAAUUCUCGUCGUAUCUCACCUGCAGCUCCUAGCCCACUACCAUCUCCAUCGCUGCCGCUUUCAACGCAGGCGAUGACACCAAUCUCGGAUUCGAGCGUCGAUGGCAAGUUGUCGGGCAGCGGUUCCAGAGACUCGCGGGCAUCAUCUGAUGAGCAGAUUCCCAACGAGAUUGGCAUCACGAUUUCGACGGAACAGCUUGCGCGCGACCCUGAAGGAACAUUGAAGGCGGCCGCCUCAGCUCUGGGCGUUACGGUUCAAGAAGCUGCCACGCUGGUAGCCGGCGUUCAGCUUAGUUCUGUCAACGGUAACGAUGACGCCGGUGCCAGCAGCAAUAGGAGCGGCACGACUCGACUUGACACUUCGGUGGCUGCGCCAAAGACGCCCGAGCAGCAACGCGUCGCGAGCGUUGCCAAACCUCCAAUGGGACGCUUCAUGCCUACGUCGGCCAAGUCGGUGCACCGCGCCGUCAUUGACGGAUCUCGAAAAGCGCCAUCGCCCUUUUCUGGUAAAAGGAGCUUAGAGAAGAAGGGACUUGCCAAAAAGCGCAGAGCGGCUCGCCGAAGCUCGCUGAUGGAGGACGAAGGCCUUUCUGCUAAGCGUCUUCGCCGAUUCUCUUCGGCAAACGAUGCUGCCUCAGCGCUCGACGAAUAUAGUGAGAUGGCACCAUCAUCGCCUGAGCCGAUCGCCGAGGUGGAUCCUAUGGAGCUUGACGAUGUGGUAGACUCGAGUAUGAUCUGGCGUGGCACAGGCUCCAAGUCGCCGUCGCCCGAGAUCGAGAUUGGCGAUGGAGUCGAUGGCGGUCGUCGACCCUCUACACGCUCUUCUCGCAAGAGUUCUUCGGCUCCAGGACUCAACUUGAAUGCCUUCACACGAUGGAACAAGAUCCCCAUGGGUUCGUUCCGUGACUCGCAGAAAGCGACGACGCCUUCGGAGAAUGCAUUUCAGCAGCAACGUCAGCACCAACAGCCACUGGGCACGUUUUUGCUCACACGCUCACACGGGCAGGCUGGCAACCGAGCCGGACGCACGAGCUCGCCAUUCCGAUCGAGCUCGAAUGCGGGGCGUCAUCUGGAGAUGUUCUCGAUCAGCCCGUUGCGCCGACCGCAAGAAGACGAGGGCAACGAGGCUGGGCGCCCGAGUGACAGCACGUCGGGCAGACGACGAUCAUUUGUCAUCUCUCCCGUGCUGUUUCCUACUCGUGGAGGCGAAAUCCCACCACCAUCAACGUCUUCAAGCACGUUUGGUGCUCCUCAUGUGCCAACGUAUAGCCAGAUUGCGGACUUGCGUCUCGGUGGCAGCAACGCUGCUGGUGGCGAUGCUGCGAGUGUAGCCUCGAACAACAGUGCCGGUCCUGGACGCAUCACGCGACGUGAGAAGAGGGAGAAGCGUGCCAAGCGAGCUGCUAUGCUCGCUGCGCAGGUAGGGGCUGCUAUGGCACCACAGGCGACGGAUGAGCAGCGUGCAGCUUCGGGCUCGCCUGCGCCAGCUCCGACAACGCCUUCGCUGCAGCUUUCCAGUUUGGCAGAGGGUAGCUUGGCGCUUGAAGAAGGCGAGUCGCCAGCCACGGCCUUUCCACGGAUGCGCAUCACGGACGCGACGCCUACGCCACGAGGAUCGCCUGCUCCAAGCGGGCCUGCCAGCGUGGGCAAGGACUUGCUUCAGCCAAGCUCGAACCUCAAGCCUCACAGCCAAGUGAGCGACACGAACGGCGGGCGUAAUGAGAUACAAGCUGCUUCGACCGAGCUCAUGACCAGCAGUGCAACGCAGCUGGAUGGCGAGAGCAAGCACGAACAUGGUUCGUCCGUCUCGGGAUCCAUGACUGGUGCUCUACCGUCGUCGGCUUGUAAAACACCGCUUCACUCGCCGCUGUUCGGCGGCAUCUUCGGCGGCGCUCUCAACUACGACUUGGAAGAUAAGGAGGCCGAGCCGUUGCGCAUCUGA